CUACUCUAUGAAUGGACUCUGGCCUGGAAUUAUCUGACAGAUACAUUUGCACAAUUUUAAUACAAAAUACCGAAAAUGAAUAUUAACAUGUUAUUAUCAGUUGGAUAUUUAGCCAUAUGUUCAAAAUAAACCUCUGGAGUUGUAUUAGAGGCGUGUGAUUGAGUUUUAACAUUGCUAGUUGCCGCAGAGGGAAUAUUGAACCUCAUUCUGCGAACAGGUUGGUGACGGAUAUCUCCAGCAGGAUGUGCUGAGGUUCGAAGCUGCGCAACAACAAUCAUUCCACUAAAAAAUAAGAAAAAAAACAGCAAAAAUGGCAAGAUAUUUUGAAAAUUCUACUAUUUACAACUACAGUUGGGACCAAGUUGCUUGCGGCUACUGGAAGAGGUACCCCAAUCCUCAGAGUCAGCAUGUGUUGUCUGAGGACACAUACAGUAGACGCAUAGAGGAUGGGUGCCUCCAUACAAAGCGACUACUCACCAAAACCAACAGAGUGCCAAAGUGGGGGGAAAGGUUCUUCAAUGCAAAAUCUGUGAAGAUUAUCGAAGAAAGUAUAGUUGAUCCAAAAAACAAAGUUCUUGUCACAUAUACCAGGAAUCUGGGAUACACAAAAGUGAUGAGUGUGGUGGAACGCGUGGAGUACCGUCCUCUGGGUCCAGCAACAACAGUGGCGAAGCGCUCGGCGUGGGUUGACUCACAGGUGUUUGGCUUCAGCCGUGCUAUCCGCGCCUUCGGCGUCGAUCGCUUCCGGAAGAACGCCACGCAAAUGGUGAACGGGUUCAACCUGGUGCUGGCGAGCAUGUUCGGCGGCGCGGCGGCGCCCCUGGCCGUGAGCGGGGGCAACGCGGGCGGCGCGGCCGGCGCGGGCGGCGCGGGCAGCCCGCCCAUGGCGCACACGCUGAAGGAGAUGCGCUCGGCCGCGGCCGCCGCCGCCGCCGCCACGGACCGCGCCAAGGCCAACGUCCUCUCUUCCGUCAACCGCACGUAACCGCGCGGGGCCGCAGGCAGCUGCUCGUGGCCGCCCUCCGCACACAGCGACAGUGAUAUCAAUAGUGAAGUGUGACUGGACAGUGCCCAAAGGUGUGAUUGAAUUCAGUGGAUCUAUCCGCUCCCGUAGGCCCCUGGGCGGAUGGAAGCUGGACGAGAGUGAAUUUUUCACAAGCAAAGCCCAACAUUUGAUGCCAUAAUUAAUAUUCUUAGAGUGAUGAAGUGUGUUCUUUGAGCUAAUAUCAUUUUCUACAAUUUCUGUUAUAUUUAUUGCAAGUUUAUGCACUGCCAUAGUAUUUCGUAUGUAAUGCUACCGAUACCUUAUUCCACAUUCCAACCUUGGGUUAUGUUCCUCUAUUUGGUUGUGACGUCGCCAGUAUCCGGUCAGUGAGCGGCGUCACUCCGCUUAUUCCAGGGCCGAGUUGUCUGUCGAUUCGCUGGUGGGAUGUGUUUCAUAGCAUUUGAAUGCUUUGCUAUACAUGACUGAUACUUUCAAAUAGACUUAUAGAAAAAUUUGGAAUUGGUGUAUUUAUGAAUUUAAAUGCAUCCGAUUUUGUCAGCAUAAUUUAUUAAUAUUGUGACUUAUGUUGUAAAUUAUAAUCUAAAUAUAAUUUAGAUGGUAUUUAAAGCAAAUGUAGUAGAAAUUUUAAAUGUGUAUUGGCCAUAAUAUACAUAUAAUGUAACUAUAAUAGGCGUUAUUAUAGUUAUUAACCAUCUAUUUUUUAAAGGAUAAAUUAUGUUCUAAUGUAAAUUCAUAAUCAGGAAUAUAA